AUCUCUCAUAAAAUCACGAAGAUACAUAGUAUCAGAAUAACCUUCAACAAUUUCCAACCUCAGCAGCGAUCAGACAGAAAAUGUCGGCUUCGCCAGAACCCCAGGCAGAUUCACCUGCCGCUGAUCCUGACCGCGCUGAACUCCAAGCCGAACUCGACGACCUCAACGACAACAACGGCGGAGCCACAGAAGAAAACCCAGAAAUAUCCGACGAUGAAUCCGUCCUCUCCGAAGUCGACGAAGCGCAAUUCGAAGACUUCAAUCCCGACGAUGUCGCUAUCGAAGAUCGACCUGCCCUCGACGUCGAUGCAGAAAAUUUGAAACUGAUUGGUCGUCACAAGCGUAAGAGACGUGAUGAUGAGGAAGGAGAGCCAAAACGGAAACGGGAGGGGAGACGAGAGAAGAGGAAGCGUGCGCAGAGGGAUUCUGAUGUUGAGUCUGGGGAUGCGAAGGCUGGGAGGAGGAAGGCGGCUAAAUCUAGACGAGAGGCUACGCCGGAGGAUGAGGAGACGCUUAGUCCUGAAGAGAGACGUCGACGUGCGCUUGAUCGUGCUAUGGAUGCUGCUAUGAAGCAAAAGACGAGGAGACGCAGAAAGGCAGAUGGAAUUGACCUCGAACAAAUGGCAGACGCAGAAAUCGAAGAUAUGCGAAGACGCAUGACGGACGCAGCUCGCCUUGACGCCGAAGCCCGUCGUCAGGGCCAACCAGCCAUGCACAAACUCAAGAUGCUACCAGAAGUUUUGAAUCUACUGAACCGCAACCAGUACACAGCUAGUCUCGUGGAUCCAGAAAUCAAUUUACUAGAAGCCGUCAAAUUCUUCCUAGAACCACUCGACGAUGGCGAGCUUCCAGCCUACAAUAUUCAGCGCGAUUUGAUGGAUGUUCUUGGCAAGCUUCCCAUUAACAAGGAUUCUCUUGUCGCCAGUGGUAUCGGCAAGGUGAUCGUCUUUUAUACCAAGAGCAAGCGCCCUGAAUUGAAAAUCAAGCGACAGGCUGAGCGUCUCUUGGCUGAUUGGACUCGACCGAUUCUUCAGCGGUCUGAUGAUUACUCGAAGCGUGUCUACGAGGAGGUUGAGUUUGAUCCUACCCGCCUGGUAAACCGUGCUAAUAUCGCACAACAAACCGCUGAAGAAGCACGAGCGCGCGAGCUUCUGCCACCGCGUCUGGCUAAUCGUGCUCGUCGUGAGAUGGGUCAUACCUCGUACAGUAUUGUGCCCCGGUCAACGGUUAUCCAGGACAACAAGUUUGCGCGCCCGGUUGGUGCUAGUGGAGAGGACCGUUUCCGACGCAUGAAGGCACGCCAGUUGAAUGCUGGUAAGCCUUCGCGUAGGUAGAUGUCUGUACCCGAGCUUCUUGAACUGUCUCUCUUUCAUUCCUCUUUGGUCAUUUCAUUCGGCGCGUUGGUUCAUGGAGUUACGGCGUUUGCAUACGGUUAUUCAGCGGAUUUGAGAGCCGAGA